AUGAUGGAGGUCAGCAUCGUCACAGAGGACGAUGACGGAUUGGCGUUAGAGUUGGGACAGAGAGACUCGAACGAUGACUCGAGUGAAGACAGUGACGAAGUCAUAGCGGCAAAUGCUAGCGCAGACACGGGCCGCGCUGGCCCUAAUGAUGGAUCACGAAUCUCGUUCGUCAAAGACGAAGGAGGCGUUGACAGUAAUACUGAAAAGAAAAAGGAAGCUCCGGGUAACUUGACCCAACCGAAAUACAUUCCAACGGGUUGGGCAGAACCGAAGAGUAAAGCAAAUCCUGGACCAACAAAUAUCACAACGUCUAAACGCCCAACAACAGAGUCGCCAGCGAAAGGACCCGUGCGAUUGCGCAACGUGACGACAUCAAGGAAUGUGUUCGCGCUUGAUGACGGCGAUGAUGACGACGAACCGCCGUCGCGGCCGCCGCCCGAGUUGCUGGCUAAACGGAUCACUGCUAAUGAAGACAUCAUAAUGGGUGCUCCGGCAAUCAUCGCAAAUUCCUUGCUCCUCUUCGGAGCGCUGUGUUUAAGACAGUUCAUGCUAUAGUUACAGUUAGGUAGCCAAUUAAAAAAUGUUUUACUUUUGGUGUAUAUUAUUUGAAUUUCAUUAAAAAUUCCAAUGAAUAAAGUUUGCGAUUAUUUAAACCCAGUCUUGUAAAACUUCCCACGAUGAAAUAUAACAUUAUAACAAUAAACUGCCUCCGUGGCCGAACGGUUACCAUGCCG